AUGUCGAAGAAUUGCUACUUUCAGUCUGGGCCAUCUGAGGGCUCGCUGUGGUUAGCCACAAUCAAAGCGCUUCUGUGCGGUCGUGUGGCGCUCUACUUACUCUCGCUAACGACCAUCGGGUUUGGAGCUGGGAUUAUAUUCGGAUUCCUUUUCUGGCAUCUUCAGGAUUUUGGUGGAUCACCAACUUUAUUUGGUGUAGCGUCAGUGAUCAACCAUGGCUCUGAGAUUGCUGCGUAUUUCUUUUGCUUCCGAUUCAUCAACCAUUUCGGACAUUCAAAAAUUAUGUAUUUUUGUUUGGCCGCGAAUGUGUUCCGUUUCCUUUUCAUAAGCUUACUCACCAAUCCAUGGAUGGUACUUCCAUUGCAGGCACUGCAAGGCAUAACUCUGGCAACUUGCUGGGCUUCAGCAUCGUCAUAUAUCUCACUAAUAUCACCUCCGCAGUUGAAAUCCACGGCCCAAACGCUCUGUAUGCUAUUAUUUCAUGGCAUUGGCAAGGGUUUCGGUAGUAUCGUUGGUGGUUUCAUCAUCGCUUCUGUUGGUACACGAAUGACGUUCCAAAUAUAUUCAGCAAUUGCCUUCAUUGUUCUCGUGUUGAAUGUUGGUUUCAACCGAUUAUUCAAGAGUGAUGGCGUUAAAUAUAGUCAAAACUUUGAGAAUGAGGAAGAUGAUGAUAUUCCUGCAACAUUGAGUGAGUUCUGUUUGAAGAUUAUAAUUUCUGUGUAUUGA